AUGAAUAUCUCUGUUUGCUCUUUGCAACCAGUCUAUACUGUGCAACAUCCGUGCAAUGUUAAGAAUAGUGAACGUGCCAUUGAAACAUUAGGUGGUCAAUCGCGAAUUAUUGAUGUAUUUCAACAUUCUACUAGUCAACUGACAUGCUCAUUUACACCGACCAAUAUCUAUGAAAGAUCAUUGAGAUCCGAGAGACGGAAGAUAACUGGGUUAUUGAUACGUGUUAAACGAAAAAAAUCAAAGAAAUCCAUAACGAGUGUUGAAGUUGUUGGCGUACUCGAUACAAAGUUUACGUUUGAUACAUUAGCUGAUUUUCAAUAUCUACCUAUGACACGAAAACAGCAAACAGCAGAUGACUCUGCACCCGAAUACGAAUCGUUUCUAAAGCGUAUAACUCUCACUCGUCAAUGUUUAGAAAAAGAAAAUUUAGAAAAACCUUGUCCUCUCAUGUGUAUACCGGCUAUAUUUUCGAGAUUUUUUGAACCAACGGAUUAUGCAUUUCGACCAGAACCAAAAACACGUCGAAGAAUAAUAACAACCACAAAUAAAUAUCCGAAUCAUGCAAAUAAAUCAGAUGACAUGGCAACAAAGUCUGAUAAAGAAAAAGAUGAUACUGUAGCGAGUAAAUUAACAAAACCAAUUGCACGAACAUCUUGUGCACAUCAUGUUUAUUUUGAUACAGAACAGGUGCCAACAGCAUCAAAGUCGAUCUCUGCUCCUUAUACAAAAGCUGAACAUAAUACAAUCGAACGAUUACGUCGUUUAUUUGAUCAACGACCCAUAUGGACUCGAGCAUCGUUGUUAUAUAAUUUAAGAGUAACAGAAGUUGUUUUAAAACGUAUUAUUCAUCAUGUUGCUUAUUUUUGUUGCAAUGGACCGUGGAAUAGAUGUUGGGUAAAAUAUGGUUAUGAUCCAAGAACUGAUUCAAAAUCAAAAAUUUAUCAAAUUGUUGACUAUCGUGUUCGAUCCAUACUUGAUCCAGAGAAAAAAGUUGUUCAAUCGCGAACAAAUCGAGCAUAUCAUCGAUCAUCUUUAAUUCCUAAUCACAUAUUAAGAUCUUUUACACAAAAUUCACGUGAAUAUCUUGAAGAAACAUUUGUAUUUAAACGUACCAGUUUACCAUUAGCACGAAGCAUACACUAUCAGUUAUGCGAUAUACAGUUAGACGAUGUACAAAAAAUGAUUCAUUCAAAUGAUGGACAGUUUGCAUAG